CCGAGAUUGAUGAAAAAACCCACCAAAACUCGAUGAUAUUUUAUUCAUUAAUUGAGUAAGUUAAGUAUUAGGGUGGGGCCCAAACAGCAAAGGCCAAAAAGACGCAAAAUGCCUAAAGGGGACAAAUCAAUUUCCGCGAUAAAAGCUAGCAAAGUAGCAGACCAAGCUAACAUGAGCCCAGGCGGAGCUAGCACAUCCUCGAGUGCCAUACUGGAAGCAAUAGCAACUCUUAAAUCCGAACUGAAGGAGGAUAAUGACAAACUGAGAAAAGACAUCAAUAUCUUGGGCCAGGAGAUGCGUAAUAUACUUGACAACUUAACGGAGGAAAUGAGAGGUCUGACUGAAAGAAUGGAAGAAGCCGAGACUCGCGUGGGCCGUGUUGAGGACAUAACACUGGAUUUGACUGAAGCGCUAACCGAGAGCAUUAAACGACAGAGGAGUAUUCAAAACAAACUGAAUGAUCUCGAAUCCAGAUCCCGAAGAAACAACAUACGCCUUUUCGGUGUAGGAGAAGGAGAGGAAGGGAGGUCAGUGACGCAAUUUGUGACAGAUUUCCUCAAACGUGAGUUACCUUCGCUAGCGGAAUUGGAUCUCAAAAUUCAGCGAGCCCACCGAAUCUUUACAGCUAAGCCUCGAAACAAUAUUAACCCGAGACAAAUUAUAGUAAAUUUCCAAGAAUAUACUACUAAGGAGCUAGUCCUCAAAGAAGCGUGGAAAAAAGGACACAUUCAGUCAAACGGGAGAAACAUUUAUUUUGACCACGAUUUUGCAACUGAGAUCGUCCAAAAACGCAUGGCAUAUCGAGAGAUUAAGAAAGCGCUUAAAGAAAAAGGGGUACGUUUCCAAACACCUUACACGAGUAUGCGAAUCCAUUGGGAGAGUGGCGUUGGAAUGUACAGCAGCGCACACGAAGCUGGACUGGAGUUGCGGAAACGCGGCUUGGAAGUGGAAAUCCCGACAACGGCUACGGAAGAAGUAGCUAUGGAAACGAGACUACAGAAGUCACUGGGAUGGCAGCGGGAGGUGCGCCCCCGGCGAGAGCACAGAGCCCCAACAGCGCAGAGGGCAAAAGAGAAAUUGAUGGAGUUCCAGAGAAGCGGAAAAAAUGACUAAAUAUUAGCGUCUGCAUCAUUGACACAGGAAGGCCAAGUAAUUCACAGGUCUAGAGGAGAGGCACCAGAGAAGGAGUUAGGACGUUGGACAUUUAAGAUGGAAGCAGUUUCCAAAUCUUACAUAGGGCCCUCCCCUUAUGGGGGACACUUCCCUAGGCCUACCAACGGGGCCCAGUUGGGAGAGACAUUUUUCCCUUUGAGUUGGAGUCACAGGUAUCCCUUGUACCACUGUUCUUGUUUAUCUUAUUUUUCAAAUUCUUAUGUUCUUGUUCUUAGUUUCUUUCCACUAGUAGGGUCUACGACAAUAAUAUACUCAGGACAUGAGUGAGUCAUGUAAACUGAAAAUUGUGACAAUAAAUGUAAACGGUCUGGGCAACCCGAUAAAGAGGAGCAGGGUGUUAACGAAAUUGAAAAGGGAUAAAUUGCAAGUUAUUUUCUUACAAGAAACGCACAUGGCAAAUGAAGAACAUGAGAAAUUUAAAAAACUUGGAUACAUAAAUUCCUUUUGUAGUUCACACAAGAAUAGCAGGAGGAGAGGAGUUAUUACCUUAAUUUCGAAUACUGUCAACUUUGAAUCAAUGGAAGAAUGUUCUGAUAAAUAUGGCAGAUAUGUGAUUGUUAAAGGGAGGAUUGAUAAUACUGUUGUCACACUAGUUAAUGUAUAUGCACCCCCGGAGGAAGACAGAAAUUUCUUUAAUAUGUUGUUUGACAAAAUAACGACAAUGAGUGAGGGGACCUUGAUAUGUGGAGGCGAUUGGAAUACGAUUUUGAAUUAUA